AUGACUCAGAGUGAGGUCAAUCUCCGCACGCAGAAGCGCCUUGCGGCGUCCGUUGUCGGCUGCGGAAAGCGCAAGAUCUGGCUCGACCCGAACGAAGUGAACGAGAUCUCCAACGCCAACUCCCGCCAAACCAUCCGCAAGCUCGUUAGCGAUGGCCUCAUCAUCCGCAAGCCCGUCACCAUGCACUCGCGUGCCCGUGCCCGUGCCCUGACUGCCGCUCGACGAAUUGGCCGACACCGCGGUUUUGGUAAGAGGAAGGGUACCGCGGACUCCCGUAUGCCAAGCCAAGUCCUCUGGAUGCGCCGUCUCCGGGUCCUCCGCCGUCUCCUCGUCAAGUACCGUGCCGCUGGCAAGAUCGACAAGCACCUCUACCACGAGCUGUACCACCUCUCCAAGGGUAACACCUUCAAGCACAAGCGUGCUCUCGUUGAACACAUCCACAAGGCCAAGGCCGAGAAGCAGCGCGAGAGGAUCCUCAAGGAAGAGAUGGACGCCAAGCGUGCGAAGACGAAGGCGGCGCGGGAGAGGCGGCAGGAGCGUGUGCAGCAGAAGCGGGCUGCGAUGGCGGGCGGAGACGACGAGUAAGCGACAGGCGGCAUGACACAUUGGCGUGGGCUUUCUUAAAUGGCAAAGGAGGCGUAUAUCUCCUUUCUAUCUGGGCAUAUGCGGUCAUGUUUUCAUGUACGUCAGGGUCUUUGCAAAAGAGCUCUUCUCUCCACGCAUGCUCAACUGAAAAAGCUGCCCGUUCUAACACUCCGAUGCAUGAUGUCCAUAGCAGGAUAGUAGCAUGCAUUGAGCUAGAAAUGAGUAGUCCGAGAAUGUGUUUGCCCGCUACGUGCGUGUGAACCGCCCAAUUGUUGGGAUAGGAAUGGUGUUGUGUAUUGAGCUAUCGCCUGAGAUACCCUAGUCCGU